UGUGGCCAUGGCAGCCUCUCUCCAAUCCGCCACCACAUUCCUCCAGUCGGCAAAAAUCUCCACCGCUCCUUCUCGUGGCAGUGCUCACCUCCGGUCUACUCAGACCGUCGGCAAAUCAUUCGGGCUAGAAACUUCCUCUGCUCGCCUCACAUGUUCCUUCCAAUCUGACUUCAAGGACUUUGCCGGUAAAUGCUCCGACGCUGUCAAGAUCGCAGGAUUUGCUCUCGCAACCUCUGCCCUCGUCGUCUCGGGAGCAAGUGCAGAAGGAGCUCCGAAGAGACUGACAUACGAUGAGAUACAGAGCAAGACAUACAUGGAAGUCAAGGGAACUGGAACUGCAAACCAGUGUCCAACUAUUGACGGUGGCUCUGAGACUUUCUCCUUCAAACCGGGAAAGUACGCUGGCAAGAAGUUCUGCUUCGAGCCUACUUCCUUCACCGUCAAGGCUGACAGUGUUAGCAAGAACGCUCCUCCUGACUUCCAGAACACCAAGCUCAUGACCCGUCUCACCUACACCCUUGACGAAAUCGAAGGCCCCUUCGAGGUUUCUUCAGACGGAAGCGUCAACUUCAAGGAAGAAGACGGCAUUGACUAUGCUGCAGUCACUGUUCAGCUUCCAGGAGGCGAGCGUGUGCCGUUCCUCUUCACAGUCAAGCAGCUUGACGCCUCAGGCAAACCAGACAACUUCACUGGCAAAUUCUUGGUCCCUUCAUACCGUGGCUCUUCCUUCUUGGACCCAAAGGGUCGUGGUGGAUCCACAGGUUAUGACAAUGCUGUUGCAUUGCCUGCUGGAGGCAGAGGAGACGAAGAGGAGCUUUCAAAGGAGAACGUGAAGAACACGGCAGCUUCGGUGGGAGAGAUCACUUUGAAAGUGACCAAGAGCAAACCUGAGACAGGAGAAGUGAUCGGAGUGUUCGAGAGUAUUCAGCCCUCGGAUACUGACUUGGGUGCCAAGGUACCAAAGGAUGUGAAGAUCCAAGGGGUUUGGUAUGGUCAACUUGAGUGAUCAUGUUAUCUAUAUAUCAAAACAUCUUCUCUUAAUUGUAUUCGAUGAUAAUGAGAACAUCUUUUGAUGCUUUCUUCGUUUUUUCUCUCUUAUGAAAAUGCACAUUCCCCCUAAAACUUGAUUUCUUAUAUCCAUGUUUUUUUUAUGCAAAACAGGAAGAGAGAAUAUUAUUAUAGCAAAAUGUAUGGUACCAAAUUUCAUCGUAUGGUCUACUGAUAAAAGAACUUGUGCAGCUUAUGAGUUAUGUACAUGUUUAGCCUCUCAUUGACCCGGCGCCUUGCGAACCGGCC